AUCAAUCCCCCCCAUCACCAGCAGGCAGCAGCACUGCAGCAGCAGCCGCGCCGCAGCCGAACGCAUCUCUGACACCCCAGAGACCCCGCGCCGCCGCGACGCCGCCCCUACAAAUACGCCGCCACCUCCCGGAUCCCGAUGCGACAGGCCCGAAUCCCGAGACCUUCUCCACCUCGCGUCGGCUGCGGUAAUCUUCUUCGCCUCUGACAGAGAGAGCGCCAAGCCAAACCCCCCGCGCGCGUGCUAGGGUUUGGGAGGAGCCCCCCCCGGAUCGAUCCUGGAUGGGGGAUCGGGGGGAGGAGGAGGAGGAGGAGCUGCCGAUGUUGCUCCCGAUGAGCCUCCAGGGCUCGCCGCCGGCGCAGCAGGCCGAGCCGAAGCGGAGCAAGCCGCCCCCGCCGCCCGCCGAGGAGGGGGUGGCGGCGGCGGACGCGGAGGGGGAGGCGCGCCGCAAGCAGCGCGAGCUCAGGGCGGCCGCCGCCGAUAAGCGGCUCCGCGCGGUCGCCCCCUCCCCCGCCGCGGCGGCUCCGCGGCCGCCGGCCCCGGAGGUGGUCGCCAGGGAGGUGGAGGUGGAGGUGAAGGCGGACCCGGGGCCAUCGGGGGUAUCUAUGGAGGAGGCGAAGGCGGAGGAGGUGGAGGAGGAGAAAGGGGAGCGGUUGCCUACGGACGUGGCCGAGAAGCUGUGGCUAAUGGUGUUCGGCAACAAGCUUGAGAAGGAGGUGUUGGCGCAGUGGAGCAAUCAGGGCAUCAGAUUUAGCUCUGAUCCUGAAACAACCAUGGGACUGGUACAGCAUGAAGGUGGCCCUUGUGGUGUCCUAGCUACAGUACAGGCCUAUGUUCUUAAAUAUCUUUUGUUUUUCUCUGAUGAAUUGGGUAAUCCGGAGGUUAGUGAUCCGUUUUAUGCCCUGGGACAAAGGCGCUUUUAUCAGAGCUCUUUUGCUGCGAGGGAUGAUUUUUCUUCUCUGACUGAUGACAGAAAGAUGAGAGCACUGGUUCAUGCCAUGCUGGAAAUUCUAUUUUUAUGCGGAACGGGGAACAGAGCAGUUGUAGCAACCAUUGGAAGUGUCAAUGAAGCGAAAACUGCUGCAGUCUUGGAAGGCCUUUCUGUUGACUCAGCUAUGGAUCUGCAGAAAGUUCUUAGAAUAAGUACAUUUACCUCAAGGAAGGAUGCAUUCAACAGUCUUAUAGCAAACAUUUCUUUGUUUGAAAGUCGAUUAGGAGCCAUGCUAUUCCUUAUAUCUGCUCUUCUCUCUCGAGGAUUGGAACGUAUUCAAGCGGAUAGGGAUGAUCCAAGCCUACCAUUGGUCACUGCCCCAUUUGGGCAUGCUUCACAGGAAGUUGUGAAUUUAUUGCUAUGUGGAGAGGCUGUGUCAAAUGUAUUUGAUGGCAAGGUGGACUUUGGUGGUGGCAUGUUCCUGAAUGGGAUACCAAAUGAUGUUGAAGUUGGUUUCCUUACCCUUCUGGAAUCACUAAACUUCUGCAAGGUUGGUCAAUACUUAAAGUGCCCGAAAUGGCCAAUAUGGGUGGUAGGAAGUGAAAGUCACUACUCCGUCCUUUUUGCCCUAAAUCCCAAUGUUCAAGAAGAGAAUGAGCUGGAAGAGCGGGAAUCUAAAAUAAGGAGGGCAUUUGAUGCACAAGAUCAAAGUGGAGGUGGAGGCUUUAUUAGCGUUGAGGGGUUCCAACAAGUUCUGAGGGACACUGACAUAAAUUUUCCUUCUGAUAAGCUUGAGGACCUCUGUAAUGCUGGCAUUAUAGUAUGGAGUGAAUUCUGGCAGGCGCUGCUACAAUUGGAUAAAAGGGCUGGAGGCAUGAAGGAUCCUACAGGCCUUAUGGGCAAGAAGCAAUUCACUAUCUACCAUUUCAAUGGAAUCGCGAAGUCCGUGCUUAAUGGGAAUGCUAACAUUGGAGGUUCAACAAUACAGAGACCCAGACUGUGCAAGUUAAAUGUCAGUGUCCCGCCAAGGUGGACUCAAGAUGAGUAUCUAGCUGAUGUUGUAAGCGCGUCCACCAGCGGGAGCAAGGAUGACAGUGUUCUUUCACUUGCUCCACCUGUUCAAACUUCUCAGCAUGCACCGUUGGUGGACUGCAUUAGAACCCGAUGGCCACGGGCAGUUUGUAGCUGGGUUGGAGAUAUGCCUAGUAUUGUCUGAUGCCAUGCCGCGUGCUAGUCUGAUUUUAAAGUGGCUAUUGCAGAGCAGGCUGCUUGAGCUUCAAGGCCAUGAGGGAAGGAAGCCGCGAAAGUGACAGCUGCUCCUGGACUCCUGGUGUUAUCACUGUUCCAGCUGAUGAAUAUAUGAUUUUUCUUGGUUGCGUGAAUGAUCCUUUGAUGUAAUUUUAUCAGGGACCCGAACAUUCUUUUUCCUAUAAUGACAUUAGCUGUAUACUCCAUUUUAUGAAUAUGUUUUCAGUUCAAGAUACAUUCUUUUUUGUACACACACACCUUGUGGUUCUAUUUUAAAUCUGAUAGAGAGUUGGUGACUGAAGUUCGCUGUAGUUUUUUUUUUUUUAAUUUCCUCUUUUGGGUUGAAACCCGAAGUCAUGUGAAUCAAGUGAAUUAACUAUAAUCAAAUGCCAGUUUUUGAGGGAAA